AUGCUGAUUGACCAACACAACACAGCAACAGCAGCAGCAAUUUUGGCUCAUCUUUCUUUUCUUUCUCCCCACUUCUUCAAUCGUUUCCUAUCGCUUUCUGAAUUCAUUUCUCCCUCUCUUUAUAAGACAGUGAUCUCUUUAUUUUAUUUUCUCUCUCUUUCUGCAAUCCCUUCCUUUCUUUGUAAAUUCACCUCUAUCAUAUUUUCUUCCUUUUCCCAAUUCUUUCUUAAUCCAUUCCUUCUUUUCUCAUCAUUGCCUAUUUUCGUUCUCUUUUUCUAUCUCUCUAUAUCUUCUUUGCCUACACCCCCACCACAGAUUUCUUUUUCUUCUUCACUUUCACUCUCUAAUAUUUUUAAUCUUCUCUCAUUUUCCAGCUUUUGUUUCUCUUCCUCUCCCUCUUGGGUUCUGUUUUCUUUCUCUUUCUGUUCAUUCUGUAGAAGGAUCUCUUUCUUUGUCGAUCUUUUUCAAAACUAUCUUAUUUCUCACUUCCUUUUUUUUCCAACACUGUUUGUCUUUUCUUUUAUAACUUCCUUCUUAUCUAUAUCCCUCCACCCUGUAUUUCAUACUUUCUCUUCCUCAAGUGUUUCUAUUCCUUCUACCUUUCUUUUCUGUUUCUUAUUCUUUUAUUCACUUCUCUUUUUUUCUCUAUUUUCUUCUUUUCUUUUUUAUAAUUCCUUUUUCUUCUUCUUUCUCUUUCCUCUUUUUCACCUGAUCUUCUUUUCCUUCUUUCUUUCCUUUCUUUUUUUCUUCAAUGAACACUUCUCAGUAAACAUCUAUCUUUAUCGCACCACCCUCUUUUUGGGUCUUCAGUUCACUCUCACUUGUCUAGACUCCCCUGAUCUUGUUGCUCAUCACCUCUUCCCCACACCUUUUUAUAUCCCUAAGCUUUUCAUCCAAGCCUUUACCAUCUUUCUUUCACCUCCACAUAUACUUCUUGCUUUUAUUUAUUCAACCAGCUAUGGUUGCCUUGUGAGAACUGUUGUUUACUUUUGUCUGGGGACCAACAGAAUCUUUGGAAACAGUAGAAGCCAAACAAUAAACUCAUGUCAAAUGCUUUCUCCCUCUCUCUUUCUUAAUGAUUCUUUUUCUCUCUUCAGUCUUCUUGUUUUCUCUUUUCCUCUCUCUCUCUCUUAA